AUGGCUCAGAGGGUUGGUGAAGAGCUGAAUGCUCCUGAAGAGGUCUCUUACCAAAUACGAUAUGAAGGGAACCGAUGUGAUAAGACUAGGAUAUUGUUUAUGACAGAUGGUGUGUUAAUGAAAGAAAUGGAGUCUGACAUUAUGCUGAAAAAAUUGUUCCCCGUAAUAGAGCCCAAGGUUAUGAAUGUGGAAGCCAGACAAUUUCCGGUGACCGUUCAUUUCGAGAAGCGCACUCCUGAUGACUAUAUGGUGGCUGCUUUCAGAAAG